GGGUCGAGACGGGGGGCAGAGACUGUGUGAGAGAGGCACAGAGGUGUUGAAACGCGGUGGGGACAGACAGAGCAGUAUUCCCCCCCCCCCCCCCCUGUGCUGAGUUGCUCACAUGUUAUAUGCAUUAGCGCAAUACCCUGUGUGUAAAAAUGGAUACCGGUCGUCACGAUUUCUAACACACGGGUGUAAACAUUUGGGUCGUGUCCUCCUCCCUCCAUGUGUGGACCACAGACAGACGAGCUUCGGUGGAGCUCCCGGUAACAGUAUUCGUCAUGUCGCCUCCACAGCCCACUCGUCGCCUCCUGCUGACGGCAACGACACUGAAAAGAGCAGACUCUGCCUUGGCGUCCUGAUGCAUAAGUCAAGCCACCAUGCAGUGUUCUUGGAAGUCUGUGAUGCUGCUAGCAUUAGCAUCCAUCGCCAUCCAGUACACGGCUAUCCGCACCUUUUCCACCAAGCCUCUUAGCCUGCUGUAUUCUGGUCUGACACCUACGGGCCAUGCAGUCAACUGCAGCCUCAGAGAUCUGACUAAACUUGGCCAGCAGAGACUCGAGGGCACAGACCAAGGCUGCGAUGAGGCCAGGACACCCUCUGCCUCUUCUGUUGACUCGGUUAAUGCCAACAAGAGAACCCAUAUUCUCAUUCUGGCUACGACACGGAGUGGAUCCUCCUUUGUGGGUCAGCUGUUCAACCAGCAUCCAGAGGUAUUCUACCUGUUCGAGCCUCUGUACCAUGUCCAGCUGGCUCUGCUCCCACGGCUGUCACAGAGCAAGAACCAGGCUGAGAGGAGGGUGAUGCUGGGAGCAGCCAGAGAGAUGCUGAGGUCUCUGUACCACUGUCAGCUCAGCAGUCUGGAGACCUACAUACGGCCCCGUCCCUCCAACCACUCCACUGACAAGCUGUUCAGACGAGGAGCCAGCCGGUCUCUAUGCACCCCUCCUGUAUGUGAAGCCCCUCUUGGCCUGGAGGCUCAGAGUCUGGUGCUGGCUGAUGAGGGGGAGUGUGUGAGGAGGUGUGGGCCGCUCAACCUGUCGCUGGCUGCUGACACCUGUAGAGGAAAGCGCCAUGCAGCCAUCAAGACCGUCCGGAUUCCCCAAAUCAGUGACCUCAGAGCGCUGAUCCAGGACCCGAGACUCAACCUGAAGGUUGUCCAGCUUGUUCGAGAUCCACGCGGCAUCCUGGCAUCCCGUAUCGAGACAUUUCGAGACACUUACCGUCUGUGGCGUCUGUGGAGAGCGACCGGACGGCGUCCCCACAACCUGGACCUGGGACAGAUCAACACAGUGUGUGAGGACUUCCUCCGGUCCGUAUCCACAGGGCUGCUGUCCAGACCUGCCUGGCUCAGAGGGAGGUACAUGCUGCUCAGGUAUGAAGACCUGGCCAGGUUUCCUCUCCAGAAGGCCCGAGAGCUUUACGCUUUCCUGGGUCUUGAUCUGGACCACAGUGUAGAGGACUGGAUCAUCAACAACACUCGGGGUACUAGUGAUCUGUCGUCACGGCAGAAGUUCACCACAGUUCGGGACUCUGCUGCUAAUGCAGAGAACUGGAGGGUGAAGCUGUCCUAUGACAUGGUCGUUUACACCCAGACUGCCUGCAAACCUCUGCUUGAACUCCUCGGAUACAAGAGAGUUUUCCACCCCAGAGAACUGAGAAAUGUCUCACGGUCCUUGGUGGAGGACAGGACGUUCCUCCCAUUUCUUUAAACAACUGAUGAUUUACAUCCAUCCUAUACAGGCUUUAGGAAACCAUCCGUCAAAGCAGUACUAUAGUUUAUGAAGCACAUUACAUUAUGGAAGCUGUCUUACUGACCAAUCUGGUUUUUCUCACCAUGUCUGUGCUGGAAAAAGAGCUGUGACCAUCCGUCUAUCUGUUUAAAACUUAAAGUUCUAUAAAAGAAUCCAGAAUUAUUUCUCUUUGAAGCAGUUAUCACAUCUAUCUAUCUAUCUAUCUAUCUAUCUAUCUAUCUAUCUAUCUAUCUAUCUAUCUAUCUAUCCAUCCAUCCAUCUAUCUACAUAACUUCCCUGACCCAUGACUAAUCAACUAUGUAGGUUACAGCCAUUUUUCUAAUGUAUAUUUUUACAUAAUGGUGGGUAUUCUCAGUUGGACAGUGCUAUGAAAAUGAAUUUCCCCAUGUGGACUCUAAAGUCUAAACUCUAUAUAUAAUCUAUAUAGCAGCAAUACAUGCGGUACAAUCACAAGGUCGCUGACUUAAAUCAAUUUAUCACUAAAGGAGGAUUCUGGUUUUAUAAAACCUUGGGUUUCACAUUUUGGGGUCAAGGUGAACAUGGAAAGUACUAAAUGUUUUUGAAUAGCUUGAGUAGAUCUCUCCAACCAGCUUUGGAAAAACAGGCUGUAAUGUAAAGG